AGCCCAGCAGGGUACAGUUUCAAAGAGAAUCGGUCAAAUAUGUAAAUAUGACCCAUUUUCCAUUCAUUAAUUCGACUCUAAGUCAUUGAUUUCAGAGUGUGAUCAGCUGAUGCUUGCAUGGUGGAGUCUUCAUCAUCGGGACUGGAUCACACACACCCCCCUACCCCACCCCCCGCUGUCUCUCCUGAGAAGGUGAAGCCUUCCGAAUAACAGCCCUACCGCUAUGAGACGAAUAACCGGGAAGGCGAAGGAUGAAACUUUGAUCGAGCUGCAGAACGCGACAGAAUCACAGACAGGAUCAGAUGGUCCUGCAGUGUUGACCGCAUUCAGGAUAAACCUGCACUCAGAUGAAAAUGGUGGGAAUAGUGUCAGUGCAUUAUCUGAAAGAGCGACGCUGCCUGGGCAGGCAGAGACAGAAAAGUUACAACCAAACAAGGACACUGUGUUCUUCAGGGAUGGAGUUCGGCGAAUAGACUAUGUGUUGUCUUAUGUUGAUGAUAAAGAUGGAGAAAAGAAACAGGAGUGGAGGAGGGAGUUUGAGGCCAACCUUGAGAAACAGGGUCUUGAGCUGGAGACUGAAGACAAAUCGGACUCAAAAGACCAAAAGACAUAUUUCCUGAAGAUCCAUGCUCCAUGGGAUGUACUGACGACCUACGCUGACAUCUUAAAGAUUAAAGUCCCCUUCAAGUUGAAUGAUAUCCCCCGUGGUCAUGAUGUCCCGCUGGAGUGGCUCUCGCAUCCUUUCCGUUUGCCAGAGCACAUCAUGCUUCCACAACCGGACUACUUUACCUACCCCUUCGACAAGAACAAGACCGACUUCUUCCUUAUCAGUGACAAGGAUACCUUCUUCCCGCCCUCCACAAGAAACAGAAUCGUGUACUACAUCCUGGCUCGUUGCCCGUACAACAAAGAGGUUCGGAAAGAAAAAGACAAGACGGGAAUCAAACGAUUACUCAGCAAUGGGACGUAUACGGCAGCCUUUCCUCUUCAUGAUUGUCAAUACUGGAAAAGGGCAAGAAACGCUGAAUGCGAGAGUGAGCGCUACAACUUGUACGAGCACUGGGCUCGGUUUCUCUGCUUUUACAAAGAGCAGCCUCUCAACCUCAUCAGGAAGUACUAUGGGGAGAAGAUUGGGAUCUACUUUGCCUGGCUGGGCUUCUACACAGAGAUGCUGUUUUUGGCAGCCGUCAUGGGCGUCAUAUGUUUCACGUAUGGAGUGCUCAGUUAUGAGGACAACAGGUCAAGCAAAGAAAUAUGUGACCCCGAGAUUGGGGGCAGUAUCGUGAUGUGUCCACUUUGUGAUAAGAAGUGCCCUUUCUGGAAGCUCAACUCUACAUGUUUCUCAUCCUGGCAAUCCCAUCUGUUUGAUAAUGAAGGAACGGUAUUCUUUGCCAUAUUUAUGGGGAUUUGGGUCACUCUGUUUUUGGAGUUCUGGAAACGGCGUCAAGCCCGUCUGGAGUACGAGUGGGACUUGGUGGACUUUGAAGAGGAGCAGCAACAGCUUCAAAUCCGACCCGAGUUUGAGAUCCGAUGCACCGACAAGAGACUCAACAAGAUCACUCAGGAAAUGGAGCCGUAUCUUCCCACUACAAGCAAGUGUGUUCGCUUCUGUCUCUCCUCUGCCACUGUUAUAUUCUGGAUCUCUCUGAUUGUGGCCUGUAUAAUCGGUGUUAUAGCGUACAGAUUGGCGGUGUAUGCUGCCUUCGCGAGUAUCAUUAAAGACCCCCUGAGAAAGAUCCAGGUGGUGGGCAGGUUCAUCACUCCACAGCUCGCCACUUCUGUCACUGCCUCCUGCAUCAACUUUGUCAUCAUCAUGAUCCUCAACUUCUUUUAUGAGAGGGUGGCCGUCUGGAUCACCGACAUGGAAAUCCCAAAGACCCACCUGGAGUAUGAGAAUAGGUUGACCAUGAAGAUGUUCCUCUUCCAGUUUGUCAACUACUACUCAUCGUGCUUCUACGUGGCCUUCUUCAAAGGCAAAUUUGUCGGUUAUCCUGGCGACUACUCAUAUAUGUUCGGCAAACUAAGAAAUGAGGAGUGUGACCCCGGAGGCUGUCUGAUUGAGCUCACCACACAGCUUGUGAUUGUUAUGGCAGGAAAACAACUGUGGGGCAACAUUCAGGAAGCUCUGCUGCCGCUGAUGCGUAACUGGUGGAGUAGGAGGAAGGGACGGCACCAUCUUGAGAAUCAUUCCAGCCGCUGGGAGCAGGACCACAGGCUGCUGAACUUCAGCCAACUGGGGUUGUUUUAUGAGUAUCUGGAGAUGGUGAUCCAAUUUGGUUUCAUCACAUUGUUUGUGGCCUCGUUUCCUCUGGCUCCUCUCCUGGCUCUGUUCAACAACAUCCUGGAGAUCAGGGUGGACUCCUGGAAGUUCACCACCCAAUUCAGACGACCGGUGGCGUCCAAGGCCCGAAACAUUGGAGCGUGGCAGGAAAUCCUCAACGCAGUGGCCAUUCUGUCUGUUGUUACAAAUGCUUUCAUCAUGGCGUUUACUUCCGACAUGAUCCCCCGUAUGGUCUUUCUGUAUGCCUAUGGUAAAGAUGCCAGCAUGACGGGCUACGUUAACAACAGCCUGUCAAUAUACAACAUCUAUCAGAUACCCGCUGUCAGCAUGCCCGAAGAGCGAGUCAACUGGUUUGAUAACACGACUUCCACCUGCAGAUACCGUGACUACCGUUACCCUCCGGGCCACCCGAGGGAGUACAAUCACACCAUGCAGUUUUGGCAUAUCCUGGCAGCCAAAAUGACCUUUAUUAUUAUAAUGGAGCACGUUGUCUUUGUGGUGAAGUUCUUUGUGGCGUGGAUGAUCCCAGACGUCCCAUCAGUUGUGAAGGCGCGGUUCAAACGAGAGCGCUACCUGAUUCAAGAGUACCUGCAUAACUAUGAGGUGGAGAAGGUCAAAAUCCAGAUGAGUGCCAGUUUCAUCACAGAGCAAUCAUCAGAAAUAUCCUCAAUGACAGACAAACAAGAAGUGUUGUCUGAGUGCCUGUAGCCUGCUUCCUCAAAACUCCUAACUAACAAAGCCAAGAAUGGGCAUGUGUGAGAGUUUUAUCCUCACUGACAGCAUUCAUAUACACAGAUUCUGUCUUUGGGAUAAAAAUGCUAUUAUAUUUUUUUGCUGGAUGGACUCCUAUAUUAGGAUCUGGGUAGAGGCAUCAGAAAUUCAAAUGCAACAUUUCACUUCGCUUAAACACUCCUGUGCCAUAUAAAGAAAGUUUGAAAACAACAGCAGAAGGCUGAAAAGAUUGUGACUGCAGCUUGUAUCAUUUCCCAUGUAAUGCCUUCAAAUCCCCAAUUGUCAUGGCUGCAUGUACUCAUAACCAAGUAUUGUUGAAAAUGUAAAAUGAGUUGUAAUGACCCUUUAAGGAGAUGUCUAUCAUAUCAUUAAUUAAAUGUUUUGCAUGUGAUUUUUCUGAUGAAAAAACAAGAUGAAGGGCUUUUUAGAAAAGAUAUCAGUGUUAAAAAGAGUUUUUAAAAAAUUAAAUAACUCAUAUCAUUCAAGGGAUAUAUCUUAUACAUCACCUAUCUUUUUGUUUGAAGUUUGGAGGUAGGCUUUUAAUAAUAUUGUUUGUUCCGUUGCUGCAUAAUGUUUAGGUCCACUGUUCUAUAGCUGGGCCAUCAGAUUUUCAGUUUUGUUCUUUGAGUUAAUUUUGUUAGGCUCGUUCAAACUGUGUAUUGGAAAACCAAUUACCUCUGUCAUAGUGCAGUGAUACUGUAACAAUCAGAAGUAUGUAUCUUCCAGCAUGAGUUGGCAGUAUAGAGCAGCUGCAAGCUUAUCUUCCAGAUGUAUGUCAAACUUGCUUCGGGACCAAUUAUACAAUUUUUACAAAGAGAAAGUUCUACACGUAGAACAUUUCCUGACAGAUUUUCAGGUUUAGUACAAUCAGUUUAUGUGUGAAAGUUUAAGUUGACCGUGUGUUGGCUUUACUCCUCCAAUUGUUAUACUUGGGUAGCAAAUGGCCUAUACUCAUGUUUUUUUAUGUCUCCACAUGUUUUCGGCAUAAUGAACCUUCACAGAUGAACAGACAGUUGAAGAACUUGGUUUGGUACAAUGUAAGUGUGCAUAUCUGUAAAAAUAAAUGAGUUAAUGAGUUUUACUAACCUAGUCUUUGAUAAAUAGGUGAUGCUUUAGCUAUAAAGAAAAUAUCAAAUAUGGAAAUUGGUUGUAAAGCAACUCAUUUAUUGAUAUGCUUCUGCUUUGUAGUCUGAAGCUUUAUAUUAACAGUAACAUCAUAAUCCUUUCUUUAACUUUGUAUUCAUCACAUCAUAAAUGACUAUCAACCAGUAUUAGUUCAGACACUUCAGUAUAUUUAAUACUAAAACUUACUACAAGGGACCAGAGACAUAAAAAAAACCUCCAGAGAGAUUCAUAACUAAACAGUAUCUAUUUAUGAGUUACAGGAUCACCUCAUUUACUCCUAUCAUUUUAAGUGUAACAGGUUUUUCUUUGUUUUAUAUUGAAUCCUCUUUGUACCUUGACUCUCUACAUGAUACAGUUGAGAUUUCAGCUAUCAGCUAUUAUGUUUGACAUUAAAAAAUCUAAGCCUCAUUUACUCACAUCUCAGGAUCAAUCAUGAGCAUUACACAGUAAUACGUAAUACAGUACGCAGAUACCAGAUGUGUGCAGAGUGUGAUCCUGCAGCAUGAUGUAUUUCCAAUCAAACGAAUGCCUUAAACAAAACUCUGUGCUUACUCGUUUUUCUAUGCUUUUGUAAUGCCAAAGUUUCCUAUCUCUAUUCAAACCCUGUGUCAUGUACGUUUUCAUUGCUGCUAUUUUGUCUGAUUUAAUGUGCAUGAAUUGCUGGAAAUUGUUGUCAGUUUUAUUCUAAAUUCACUGUAGCCUAUUGUACAGUUAAUAUACAUGAUAAAUAAAAAGAAGUAAUUAUA